UCGCGCAGAAGCGUUCAGUGGCCAGUCUAACCACAAAACUCCUACCCUGCCGCUCCUGGAGCCACUAACGGUCCGAGCGCCUCACUCAAAUUGCUAUGCUUGGAUACGCGAAAUUCCAUGCAACUUCCGGAAUAAGUAAACGACGAUGCCCUCAUCGUAUUUCCUUCUCCUCACCUCCUCUCGUCGCUCGUCGCUCGUCGCUUUCCAAGCCGUUGUUCGUCACUCUUUACGCGAACACUUCUAUUCUUCUUGAGACUUUAAUAUCAGCACCACAGUCAUUUCAAUACCUUCAUAACAUCCACCACAAUGUCCUCAUUACUGUCUGCCAUCCUCUUCACUACGAUCGCUACCGCCGAAGUAACCACCUCGAUGUGGAUGCCGUCCCCUUAUAGCAGCGAAGAGAUGGGUUUCUACGGUUCUGUUGUCGGUGCCGAUGGCGAUAGGCUCACUCUUGCGCUUACGUACGACAACGAGACCAAUACUGAAUCCCUUGGAUUCUACGACAAUUCUCCCGAGACUGUCACUUUCGUUGGUUCGACCUCCUUCGAAGCCGUCGUUACCACGGCCGACAUCUCUGACAACACCGAGCUUACUAUCUCCCUCGGCUGUCAGGCUCGCAACCGUGCGAGGCCAACCUGUUACUACUCCUCGAACGGACCCGCCGUUUACUCCUCUUACUGCUCCGAGUACUUGAGCUACACAGACAUUAUCACUUCUACGGAAUUGUACACGUAUCCUUCCGACGAGAACAACCCCGAAACCGUCGUCACCCGUGUCGAGACGUAUGACUACCGCGACAUGAUCCCAGACUUCUGCUUGUCUGGAUCGACCAUCCCCGAGAGCAUGCUCGUCGAGACUAUAACCAUGAACCGCAACUACGUCGCUAUCUAUCAGAUCGUCAUUACCGCCGGAGAACAGAAGCUCAAGGCGACCGCGGGCGCUACUCUUACAAAUACUGCUGCAUCGGUGACGGCUAUGGUGACGGGAACCGCUGCCUUUCAAGAGGGAGCACAGAGCGGAUCUGCUACCUCAUCACCUACGAUCAGCACUGUAGCAGGCGUAUCAGGCUACGUCGAAGAAAUCAAUGCCGCUUCCAGGGUCACAUUGGCCCCUGUGCUCGCCGGCUUCGGUGCUGCUGUCGCCGCCUUCGUCCUAUAGAGCACCUUCGACGUUUCUUCGCUUCUUAUAUCACGACUGUUUAUAACAUCCAUGCAUUAGCCUCGAAUGGGGAGGUUUAUCACUACUAUAUCCAUUGAAUAUCAUCUCAUGAGCAACAUGAGUGCAUCGAGAAGCAAACCGAUGGAGGUCAAAGGCGCUACGAAUCUAUACCUUUUGCCCCGGUAUCACCUGUAGCCCCACCUCGGCACCCGUUAGGACCCAUAAAAAGGCUUUGUUGGCGCCACGUCUUAGAUUAAGCCAAGUCAUUACAAACCUGCAACCCGAUGCCGG